AUGGAUCAAGAUCAGCACAAAGACCCAGCAAACUCCACUGUGGAGGUGGACCGAGCAGGUCUGAAGGCCGAGCCAACGGCACCAGAUCAGUUCGACGAGAGAUACCGCACCACCCGGAUGGAAAUCUGGGCUUACUAUGCCUAUUACAUUGGAAAUAAUGGCCUGUCGCUAUUCAACUUUGCGCCAACGGCUUUCCAAAAUCUGCUGUAUCAAGCCGCGCCUGAAAGUGGUUUGCUUGAUUUCAUAGGCCAUCCACGAACCGUCAACAGUAUUGUGCUUCUUUCCAAUGGAAUUUCCUUCGCCAUCCAGGUCGUGGUGUUCUUGGUUAUUGGCAGUUUCGCUGAUUUCGGAUACUGGCGGCCCAACAUCUUGAUUGUCCUGUCAAUUAUCGCCUAUGGUAUAGGCUUCGGCUGGUUGGGCGUGCAUACUUCGGAAAAAUGGCAUGUCGCUGUCGGGUUGUACAUGGUGGGGUUGAUUGCCUACCAGACGACCCUCACUUUCUGGACAGCCGCAUUCCCGGGAUUGGCACGCAAUACCAUCGAAAUGAAGGAAAAGGCCGACGCAUAUGCUGCUGGGACCAUUUCUCGAGAUGAAUAUGACUACGCGGAUACCAUGAUGCGUAGCAAGUUAGCCAAUGUCGCCUUCUACGUGCAGUCCGUGGCAGAGAUUUUCAUUUUGGCUAUUAUUGUUGGAAUCAUGUUCGGAUUGAAGGUCAACGAUAGCGAGAGUAACAACAACUGGGGAUUAAGUGUGUUAAUCGCCUUUGUUUCUGGUGUGUGGCUACUUGUCUCAAUCCCGUGGUUUGUUCUUGAGAAACGGCGUCCCGGUCAAGAUCCUGGGAGACGGUCCAUUCUUCUUGCUGGUGUCUGGCAAUUAUGGUAUGCCUUGAAGCAGAUCUGGCAUUUGAAGCAGAGUUUGAUUUAUCUCAUCGGAUAUUUCCUACUAGGCGACUCUCUCAACACUACAGUCACAGUCAUUGCCACGUUACAGAAUAGCAUUGUUGCUUAUAAUACCCUGGAAUUGACUUACCUUCUGAUCGUUGGAAUUGCCGCGCAGGCGGUUGGGAUUUAUAUAUUCUGGAAAGUCCAACAGAAAUUCCGACUCGGAACCAAGACCAUGUUCAACACGAUUGCCAUGUGCAUCAUUCUGCUAGAUGGCUGGGGAAUGAUCGGUAUCUGGACGAACAAAUUUGGUUUCCACAAUGCAUGGGAAGUUUGGGUAUAUCAAGCUUUCUACGGGUUCUUCAUUUGUCCCUGGUACAGUUACUCUCAGAUCAUGAUUUCAGAAGUCACACCUCGCGGCCACGAGUUCUUGUUUUUCAGUUUAUUCAGCAUCAUCGGAAAAACAUCAUCAUUCAUCGGACCCAUCGUUUCUAGUGCUAUUAUCGACGCAAGCCCUACUGGAAAUGUCUCAACGCCAUUCUACUUUCUCUUUGCGCUGAGUGUGGUGAGCUUCUUGAUUCUCUUCCUCGGUGUGGAUUUGAAGAAGAGCCAGGAAGAGCAGGAGAAAUUUUUACUUGAUAAAUUGCGCAAGUUGAACGCAAGUGACUCUUCAUCCUCUGAUGAGAGAGUUUCGACGCCGGUUUGA